AUUAUUACUACCUCACAAGGAGGUGCCUGUGCCAUUAUCAAGCCAAAAUGUUCUGAGCUCAUUCCUUAUGAGUAUGCUAAUGUAGAUCUUUAUCGAAUCACGUGAGGACACAGGUGAAAAUGCCCUGAGUGAUCCAACCCCAGGCUAGAAGAUUGAAUAAAUCAAUGGCUUGGAUCCUAGGGCUCUUAAUAGAAAGAGGUGUCACUAAUUUGGGGAAUUAUUGUCUUAAUCUGUGUUUUCUCUAACAGGUGCCUCUAUUGUUGCUGUGGCAUCCUCCUCCGGUGCAGCAGAUAGCCAUCAAAAGAGGCACCUCCACGUUAAUGAAACCCCUUGCUGACCUUUCAGGCAUGUGAGAUUGUAAGAGCCUGUUACUGAGGGUGGCGCAUUGGGGAAUGUCAUCAAAAAGACAUGCCUGCCCGCCCCGUUGACCUGUGAGCACUCUGAGGCUCCUCACCCGCGCCCCUGUCCUUGGAAUACAGGUUCCGCUUGCCUUUCCUGCUCCCAGAGGCUGCUCCAAGGACAUAACCUUGAGGUGGUGAUGUGGUGGUAAAAACAUCUGCACGGUAUUAUGUGCCUGAGCCCAGUUAGGGCCUCUUGAUAAGCUUUUUAAGAUGUGGAGGGCAGCCACAGGGAUCCAUUUGUCUUGCUGCUGUCCCAGACGAGCCUCGUAUGUAAGUUCCCUUUGCUGUUUUGUUAAAACUGCCACCUAGCAACCUGGAGUGGCUGCCUCUGUCUUUGGUCUCUCCCUGCCCUCUGUGCAUGGGGGCCGGUUUCAGCACCCCAGGAGAGCUCCCUAACCCGCACCAUUCCAACCAUGUUGCUCAGUCAUCUCUUUCAAAGCCCCCUGCUUCUCAUUUGGGGGACUGCUUCCACGUUUAUACUGCAGGAGUACAAAGGCCACGACACAAAGACAGGUGUAGAGUGCUGAGGGGGUGUCUGUGAGUUUGAGGGAGUGAUGAUAUUUACUUGAUUGAGUCAGCAGGUCUGCUGGGGACACGAGGCACUGGCUUGCCAGGGGAGAUGUUCACCGCGGCCUUUCUCCUUCACCCGACCUUCAUGUCCCCAGUGGCCCAGACUGCUCAGCCCCUCCCACGCCAUCACCUCUGCCCUGAGGCAGGGUCCGCCUUGCUGAGAGGCUGGACCUGAGCCACCAGUUGGAGGAAGGUACUCCUGCCGGGCAGUGACUGCCGUCAUGGCCCUGCCGCUGCUCUCUCCCCUGUGCCUCCUCGCCUGCCGGCCACGUGGCAUUCCUGGGCUCGCUCUGCUGCCGCUGGUGGUGCUGCCACUCUGGGCAGGGGCCCGCUGCCCUUGCCAGGAUCCAGCGUUGUGCCAACCCAUCCGCCACCACCCUGACUUCGAGGUCAGUGCCUCUCCCCUGCCCCUCCAGGUCCGGUCCUCGUGGCCCUGUAAGAAAAGCAAAACUGAGCCCUAAGAAGAGGUGGUGUGGGUGUAGUCACCCACCUUGACCCCUCCCUGAGGGCCUGCCUUCAGCCGAUGAUGAGGAAACUCAGAGAGGUUGAGUAACCUCGCAGGUCUCACAGUUAGUGCCUGCCCGAAAGAGGCAGGCAGGCAUUCAAACCCAGGUCUGACCUCAAAUGCAAAUUUGUUUCAUUGCCCUGCUGUGCCCCUCGGGUGGCACUCUGGGCACACUAGCAAGGAAGUAGGAUGAUGAGGUAUUUCCCAAGCAGCACGUUCCAUCGUUUUGCAAGAAAAUGAAUAUUUCGUUUGAAAGAAUCUCAGCCCUACAACAGUACAUUGGAAGGCAGGAUGUUCUGCUUACCUUUGCUUUUCCCUAUCUACCAGCCCUUUCUGUUAGGUACCUCAAAACAGCCCAAGAAGGGCGGUAAAAAUCGGUCUUUAAUUUUUCCUUUCGCCCACCUAACAAUGUCUAAGGCUUUUGGGAACCGUAAUCAAACACCCUUUGGCAGGCAGGAUGAAAAACCACGUGACACCUAGAGUUUGAUGACUCCUGGUUCAACUCCUGUUGAACCAGGAAAGACUUAGUCCUGUGAAAAUCAGAAGGAAACCUCCUUUGGAAUGGAGUCAGGAGGCCGAGCAGGGGGAGCUCUCACACUCGACCACUCCUUGUCAACGAGGAGAGCUGGGGCACCUCGCCUGUGGAUACCACUCUACUACCCUAGCAGGGGGAAGAAAGGCUUUCUUCCCCCCUGGCAACAGCCCAGCCAAUGAGACGUCGUUACAACUUAGCCAAUGAAGGGCCACUAUACUUCAGACUCCUAGUUUACUCCGAUUGAGUGUUUUUAACAGCCUUCCUAACUUCUCCUUUUCCUCCAUAAAAGAGUACUUUUUUUCUCCUUUGUUCUGUGGAUCUGCCUAUGGUUUUGCGGUAGCCUGUUUGUCCUGGUUUGCAAUUCUCUGCUAUUCCCGAAAAAACACUUUUUUUUUUUUUUUUUUUUUUUUUUUUUGCUGGUAAAAUAGCUGGCAGUUUUAUUUUCAAGGUUAAUAUUACUUAGUGAGCAGAAGUGGGAUCUAGAGAAGACCCCCAACAGCUCUGAAGGUGGUGAGCAAAUGGGUGCUGGUGCCCAGAGAGCCUGGGUUCACUGCUUUCUCACCCACCCUGGGGUUUGAGGGUCUUUGUGUUUGAUGUUGGAUAUAGAACUUGGAAAUUUUAUGACUGGUCACAGAUUACAACUGUGGUAAUUUUUGGAAAAUAUGAUCCAGAACUUAUGUGCUAUGCUCAUUCACACGGAGCCAGAGUAGUGCUAAAAGGAGAUAUACCCUUAAAAGAUAUAAUUGAUCCUACUUUCAGAGCAUCCUGGAUAGCUCAAAAAGUUAAGUUGGCCAAAGCACAAUAUAUGGACGGAAUGAAUAUAGACAUAGAGCAAGAAGCUAAUUGUUUUUCACCUGAAUAUUAUGCAUUAACUGCUUUAGUCAAAGAAGCCACAGACUCUUUCCAUCGUGAAAUUAAGGGAUCACAGGUAACCUUUGAUGUAACUUGGUCUCCAAAGUGCAAAGACAGGUGCUAUAAUUACACUGGAAUUGCAGAUGCUUGUGACUUUCUCUUUGUGAUGUCUUAUGAUGAACAAAGUCCGGCCUUGUCAGAAUGUAUUGCAGCAGCCAAUGCUCCCUAUAAGGAGACAUUAACUGGGUAUGAUGACUACAUCAAGAUCGGCAUUAACCCUGAGAAACUUGUAAUGGGUAUCCCCUGGUAUGGUUAUGACUAUACCUGUCUAAAGCUAUUGGAGGAUCGUGUUUGUACCAUUCCAAAAGUCCCUUCCUGGAGGGCCUCUUGUGGUAUUGCUUCAGGACAGCAGGUGCCCUAUAAAAUAAUUAUGAAGCACGUAAAUAGUUCUAUUUCUGGAAGCCACUGGGAUAAAAAUCAGCAGGCCUCUUACUAUAACUAUAAACUUAUCUACCUUCUAGGAGAGACUGUGUUAGUACUAGAGGCAGUUGAUGCUGAGGAGGACUUUAAAGGGUGGAAGGAUUCUUCUGGCCAUUUGCAUCAAGUGUGGUAUGAUAACCCUCAGAGCAUUUCUUUAAAGGCAGCAUACAUACAAAAGCAUGGCUUACGAGGCAUUGGCAUGUGGCACGCAAAUUGUCUUGACUACUCUGGAGAUGCUGUAGCCAAACAGCAAACCAAAGAAAUGUGGAAAGUCUUAAACCCAAAGCUGUGACAGAUGAGCAUCUUUUGUUAAACUAAGAUUUAGAAAAAUGAUCUGUAUAGUUUCUUGAAGAAAUGAAAAUGUAUACAUUUUUGUCAUAUAAUUUAGUUAUAUUUAAAAGCAAUUAAAAGCAGAUAAAUGCUUUGGUUAUCUAAAAACAAAGGUAAGAAGUCAACUUGCUAUAUUUUAUUGCUGAUUUUUAAAAUAUGUAUAAUUUGAAUUGGAAAUUAUUUGCUUAGACUAGAUUUUUUAAAACCUAGUCUUUGAGAAGCAGUUAGCUCUGUACUUUUUGUUCCAAAAAUUUUUCUGCUUCCUGAUUUCAUAUAGUACUCAAAUUCUCUGAAAGCCUCCAGAGGAAAAAAUAAAAUAGAAGUCAUAUUUUGAAUUAGUAUGUUAGAACUACCUAAUAUUUUUUACCUAAAUUAUUUUUAUGAGGUUAUAGCAGAAACUUUCAGGAAAAACUUAGUGUUGAACAUGAUUCUAUUAAUAUUCCUUCAUUUAUGAACAUCUAAUUUCUUUCCAUUGUUAAAUUUUUUUCUAUAUGUGCAUUUUUCCUUUAAUUUAAAGACAUUGGUUUUUCAACUUUUUUCUCUGCACAAAAUCUCUCUAAAAGAUAAUUGUUCUAAAUGUAAAGAGGUCUCUGUUCUUUUCCUCAGGGCAACUGUGUUACACUUAUUAAAAAUCUGCAUCCUUGAACUCUGGACUUACAUAAAUCCUGUCUUCUCUGUACAUUUCACCCUCUUCCCUCAUUUGGAAUAAAUGAUGAUUCAGUCACCUGUUAUUGAGAA